AUGUCCACGGUCAGUCUGGGCAAGUGGCUCUUCUGGAACUUCUACAAUCUGGUCAUCAAGCCGAAGGAGAAUCGCGUUGUCUGCAUUCCUGCUGAGUACCUCCGGGGGCUCAAGGAAAAGGCCAUGGCUGAGCUUCAGGCGCAGCCAAGCAUCGACGGCAAGGAAAAGCCAAAAUGGCGCUACAACAGGUUUAUGAGUGGCGGCGGGCUUUGA